AUGGGGUCUCAAACUCAAAUGCCAGCAAGGCCAGACACGUGGGCCAAAGUGCCCAGGGAGAGGAACACAGAGCAAGGGGUGGUGAAAUUCCGUCGCACGGGUGAGAGUGCAAGGUCAGAGGACGACACGGCUUCGGGAGAGCAUGAGGUCCAGAUUGAAGGGGUCCGCACGGGCCUAGAGGCUGUUGAGCUGGACGAUGGGGCGGCUGUGCCCAAGGAGUUUGCCAAUCCCACCGACGAUACUUUCAUGGUGGAAGAUGCGGUGGAAGCCAUUGGGUUUGGAAAAUUCCAAUGGAAGCUGUCUGUUCUCACCGGCUUGGCUUGGAUGGCCGAUGCCAUGGAAAUGAUGAUCCUCAGCAUCCUGGCUCCGCAGCUGCACUGUGAGUGGCGGCUCCCCAGCUGGCAGGUUGCAUUGCUGACCUCGGUGGUCUUUGUCGGCAUGAUGUCCAGCUCCACCCUCUGGGGAAACAUCUCCGACCAGUACGGCAGGAAAACAGGGCUGAAAAUCAGCGUGCUGUGGACCCUGUACUACGGCGUCCUCAGUGCCUUCGCGCCCGUGUACAGCUGGAUCCUGGUGCUCCGGGGCCUGGUGGGCUUCGGGAUCGGAGGGGUACCCCAGUCGGUCACGCUGUACGCCGAGUUCCUUCCCAUGAAAGCCAGAGCUAAGUGCAUCUUGCUGAUUGAGGUCUUCUGGGCCAUCGGGACGGUGUUUGAGGUCGUCCUGGCUGUGUUUGUGAUGCCCAGCCUGGGCUGGCGCUGGCUGCUCAUCCUCUCGGCUGUCCCGCUCCUCCUCUUUGCUGUCCUGUGUUUCUGGCUGCCGGAGAGCGCCAGGUACGAUGUGCUGUCUGGGAACCAGGAGAAGGCCAUCGCCACCUUAAAGAGGAUAGCGACAGAAAACGGAGCCCCCAUGCCGCUGGGGAAACUCAUCGUCUCCAGACAGGAAGACCGAGGCAAAAUGAGGGACCUCUUCACGCCCCAUUUUAGAUGGACAACCUUGUUGCUGUGGUUUAUAUGGUUUUCCAAUGCAUUUUCUUACUAUGGAUUAGUUCUGCUCACCACUGAGCUCUUCCAGGCAGGAGACGUAUGCAGUAUCUCCAGCCGGAAGAAGGCGGUAGAGGCCAAAUGCAGCCUGGCCUGUGAGUACCUGAGCGAGGAGGAUUACAUGGACCUGCUGUGGACCACCCUCUCGGAGUUCCCAGGUGUCCUUGUGACUCUAUGGAUUAUCGACCGCCUGGGCCGCAAGAAGACCAUGGCCCUGUGCUUUGCCAUCUUCUCCCUCUGCAGCCUCCUGCUGUUCAUCUGUGUUGGAAGAAAUAUGCUCACUCUCUUACUCUUCAUUGCAAGAGCGUUUAUUUCUGGAGGCUUCCAGGCAGCCUAUGUUUACACACCUGAGGUCUACCCCACGGCGACACGAGCGCUGGGCCUAGGAAGCUGCAGUGGCAUGGCGAGAGUGGGCGCUCUCAUCACUCCGUUCAUUGCUCAGGUGAUGCUGGAAUCCUCCGUGUACCUGACGCUGGCUGUGUACAGUGGCUGCUGCCUCCUGGCUGCCCUGGCCUCCUGCUUUCUGCCCAUCGAGACCAAAGGCCGCGGACUACAGGAGUCCAGCCACCGGGAGUGGGGCCAGGAGAUGGUCGGCCGAGGGACGCUCGGCACAGGCGUCACCAGGUCGAACUCUGGCUCUCAGGAGUAG